AUGAGCUGGUCACGCAUGGUUGUGGAUAGCCCAGACGGGACCAAACUCCUACUCAGGAAACUGGCCUCGAGCCCCUUGGUCCGUCGCAAUCUGCCCAACGCCGCCGCUAUCUGUACCCAAUACUUUUCCUUCCGCCGAAACCCCAGUGAGUCCAUCGGCAACUUUUUAGUGCGGGAGACGUUGAUCCAUGAAGAGUUCGUCGAAGCCCUGAUACGACUCUGGGAAGAUCGACAAGGAAUUGCUCAGGAUCAACGUGACUUCGGACUACCCGAUGAUGAAUGGGCCGAUGAUGACUGGACGGCGGGUUCCUGGGGAUGGUGGUCCUGGGAAGAAGAUGAAGUCACCGGUGGUGACGAUGAGGACGGCUUGGCGGCGGACGAGACAGCGGACCCAGUGGUAGCUACAGCCUCUCCUACGACCUCUGCAAAAAGGGACGUGAAAGAGGACCUCAAGGCCACGGCAGGUUCGUCUCCCAGUCAUCGUGGUGAUCCCGAGACAGGCAGUCGGACAGAAGGCGCAUCUCCGGCUAGUCCCCUAGAACCGGCAACGGCUCUCGACGAGCUCACGCUGACGGAUAGUUUCAUUCUCAGCGUGCUUCGAGGCUGGAGAUUGCUCCAGGCGGCUGGCCUGUCACCGGACGAGAUGCGGGACAUACUGUCCUCCACAAAGAACAGUAUGGACUAUGAUUUGAUAUCAACUGCUCUCCAGAAUCUGUGGGACGAUCAGCUCGUGGGCAAUCGGUCCCGGCCACGCCCUUCGUUCUCCUAUCACGGGAACUAUGUGUCCGAGAUGAACGACAACGACCUCUACUACCAGGAUGGAAGUGGCUAUGAAUGGUAUGAAGAGGACGAUUGGUGGGACGAGCAGCCGCAGGCCUACUACACCGAUGCGGAGUCCUACGAGGAGCAGUGGUGGCAGGAUGAAUGGCAUGGUCAGGAAACGACUGGCCAGGCGAAUGCAAUGACGACCGACCCCGCUGACGAGGAGAAGCUACGUGAUGCUAUGCAAGCUGAACAGCUCGCGGAGACGCUGGCGCUAGAGGCCCAGCGGACAUGGAGUGAAGCACAGAGAGCAACACAAGCCCUCAAGAGGGACCGCGGUUUUGGAGCACCACCGAGCACCGGCAUGAAGUGUUUCUCGUGCGGUGGCCCUCAUCUACUACGUGACUGUCCACGGCGAGCAGGAGGCUACAACAAGGGGAAGAGCAAGGGAAAGUCCAAGUACGGCUACAUGACGGAUAUGGACGCGCACUACCUGAAAGGCAAGUCCAAGGGAAAAGGGAAGCCAAAGGGGAAACAGGGCAUGUACUUCAAUGCCGAUGCUGCGUGGAAAGGCAAGGGCAAGGGCAAACAUCAUGACAGCAGCCAACGGACUGUCAAUGCCUAUGCCUCCGACUUCUUUGCAGGUGGUCUUGAACUUACAUCGACCCUUGAGGCAACUGCCACAGUGACGACGGAACCGACCCCAGAACUGGGCAUGGUAGAUUGUGGCGCCACGGCAUCGGCAGCUCCUGAAGCAGUCGUGAAGGGGCUGAUAGCCUCGAUUCUUGAGAAGGAUCGUGGAGCCCGCGUGGACAUCGAUGCAAAUGCCCGGCCCUACUUUCGUUUUGGUGAUGGUCGUUGGGGUCGUGCUCUGUAUCGGGUUCGCAUUGCCAGUGCGCUGUCAGGAGUGAUCAGGAGUUUCUCCCUCUAUGCCCUACCGAACCCCAAGGAGUACUUUCAAGCCGGGUUUGACAAAGCUUCCUUAGUACCUAUCCUGAUCGGCAUGGACUUUCUUGGGAAGGAUGCAAACGGUCUUAUCAUUGACUUCACGACCGGAUUAGCUACCAGUUCACUUGAUGAUAGGCCAGAAAUCUUUCAACUUCAAAGGAAUCGCAAGGGACACUUCAUGUUGGACAUCCGAGAGUAUAUCACCCGUGGACAUGUAAACCUCGAAGGUCAUGCGCAUGUGGUUGUAUCCUCCUCAAACUCCACCUUGUCACAGUCCGAGGCCCAUGUGAUUGAAUUUCAUGUUGUUCAGUUUGACCUGACAGUCAGUGACAUGGAGCUUGAAUCAACUGCCAGCAUCCCUCAGCAGAUUCUUGCUCAAUGCUCGCGGCAACUCAGCCGCUUGAAGCCCCGACAACUUCCUCUACUCGCUCUUUGCCCCAUGGCAACAUCAAGCACGACGAUCGACAAGGAAACGGCGGAGAUCCUUGCAGCGGCCGCCAAGGCCAAGGCGGCACCGAAGAAGAGAGCCAAGUCGCUGGAUAUGGCCAGGACUAUGAAGUCAGACCCAAGGGAUCCCCGCGGCAACGCUCGAUGUUGGCCGUGCUACGGACAACAUCAACCGGGUCCUGCACAGGCCAACCAACACGGCCAGUGGGUGCACUGCAAGGUGUGCGACUUGAGACUACUGUACACACCAAGGAAGGGCGCUCCGUCGAAUACCACCAUGGUUCACAACCCGGCAAUGGUGAAGAAGAUGUUGACGCAGCUAAAGGCCCUCCUGGGAGACCACAAGCCGACCGCGAAGGUGUGUCUGCACAUGUUCAACAAGAUCACGGCCGAGGAGGUGCUGGAGACAUCGAUUCGGGAGAUUGUGAACACAUCCGCGACGACGGCAACCAUGGUGCACCACGGCUACCCCACGACGUCGAGUCACGAGGCCGAGGAGGAGCUGAUCAUCGACUACUCGAACGAGGUGGAAGUGGUCCCAUGA